AUGGAGAACGACAAGGGCGAGACCGUCGACCUCUACGUCCCCCGCAAGUGCAGCGCCACCAACCGCAUCAUCAAGGCCAAGGACCACGCCUCCGUCCAGAUCUCCAUCGCCAAGGUUGACGAGAACGGCCGCGCCAUCGCCGGCGAGAACAUCGUCUACGCCCUCUGCGGCUUCGUCCGAUCCGUCGGCGAGAGCGACGACUCCCUUAACAGGCUCGCGCAACGGGACGGUCUCCUCAAGAACGUCUGGAGCCCCGUACGAUAA